AUGGAUUGUUUAUUUUUUGCUUCAUCAUUUACUCAAUCAAGUAGUUUUCAUUUUCGUAGUUUUUAUGAGAAAUAUCCUCAAGAAUUUAUUCGAAACAGCCAAUAUAAAAUUAAGAAAAUUUAUUUAAAUGAACAUACCACAGAUACAUUUUUAGCAAUUUUAAGUUAUUGCACAAAUAUUAACGAAUUAUAUUUACAUAAUUUGAGACCUGAACAUGUAAUGGCAAUAUUUAAUAAUAAUUUUAAUGAAUUAAAAAAAUUUUCACUUGAUUGUUGGGAAGUAAUCUUUGCUGAUGAAUUAUUAUGCCAGAUGCAAAAAUCACUUGAAACUAUUAUAAUUAAAAUGGUUUAUGAUUGUCCAUUGAUAUUUAGUGCUAAUAGUUUAAGAAAAUUUUUGAAGCCUAGUCCAGACUUGGGUCACCGGAUUUCUUAUGGGAUAACACAAAAAUCCGUAACACAAAAUCCAAAUCACCCAAACAAAAAAUAUCAUACGAUAGCCUUAUUAAAUCCAAGCACUAGUACAAGUGCUAAUAAUCCUCUGCCUAUAAAAGCUUUAGUUAUUGGAAUUGGGGUAAUAAGUUUGGUAAUUGUGAUUUUGGCUGUGAUUUUUAUUAAUCGUAAAAAGGCAAAAAAUGAAGUUCUUGAAAUAGCUGGAAGCAAUGAAGAACCUUAG